AUGUGUCCCAAGUGCUCCUACCUAAGUCGAUGGUCUGGCCUUCCCCAAGCUAUGGUGGGGAGAGGAGAUGUGCUUCCUCCAUGGCUGGCCGGUGGACGCUGCUGCAAGGGCGGUGGGAGCUGCGGCGAGCCAGGGAGGCAACAUUGUGAUCGGGCACCACCGCAGGUGUUACAACGCAGCACAAAGGCCGAGGUGCGGUGUUGCUCGCCGCCGGUGUUGCAACGCAGCGUGAAGGCCGGAGGCGGGCGCCGCUUGCUGCCGGUGAUGCGUUGCAGCACGCAGGAAGAAGUUGGGUUGCUCGCCAUUGGUGUUGUGUUGGAGCUUUUGUCACGUCAUCAGAGUUGCAAUGGAGCGCCGCAUGAGGUUGCAAUGGAGCAUCAUCGGAGCUGA